UAUUUUUAUUGAAUUUUUUUAUAAAAUAUUCUUAAAAGGACUAAAACGAAAUACGUUUUAAAAAUAAUUUAGUGUAAUAAAAAAGGGUAUUUAAAUGCUCGAUGAAAUGUAAUGUUCGUGGCUUAUAAUUAAUUAAUUAAUUCUAUAUUUGUGAUUUACUUGUUAUUGCAUUUGUUUUGUUUAUUAAAAAGAGGUUUCAUAAUGUCAGACGAUGAAGUAAUACGAUUUGAAAUCACCGAUUAUGAUUUGGACAACGAAUUUAAUCCAGGGAGAGGCCGCAGAGCAAAAAAGGAGCAACAGAUAUAUGGUGUAUGGGCCAAAGACAGUGAUGAAGAUGACAAUGAAGAUAAUAUCAGACAAAGAGUCAGGAAACCAAAAGACUUCUCGGCACCCAUUGGGUUUGUCGCUGGCGGUGUGCAGCAAGCUGGCAAAAAGAAAGAGGAGACAAAAGAAUUACAGUCAUCAGAGGCAUCUACGUCUCGUCCAGCACUUGCAGCGGACAGUUCAGAUGAAGAAAAUGAAGUAGCUAUGCCUGAUGAGAGUGAGACCGCCGGCAUCAGGCGACAGGGGCAGGGCAUGCGGCCUCCUAACCUAGGUGGUAACGUUGGGGCUUGGGAAAGACAUACUAAGGGUAUUGGAGCAAAGUUACUCUUACAGAUGGGUUAUCAACCUGGAAAAGGUUUGGGUAAAGAUCUUCAAGGAAUAUCAGCUCCUGUUGAAGCCACUGUGAGGAAAGGACGUGGUGCAAUAGGAGCCUAUGGUCCUGAGAAGGCUGCGCAAAAGGCCAAGAAAGAAGAAGAACGUCGUCUAAAAGAGAAGGAAGAGCAAGAGAAGGGUCCGACGGAGAAAUCUUACAAGUGGAAGAAGUCGCACAAGGGACGUUAUUUCUACAGAGAUGCAGCUGACGUCAUACAAGAGGGUAAACCUACGAUGCAUACUAUUACAAGCAGCGAGCUGGCCCGCGUGCCCGUGAUCGACAUGACGGGCAAGGAGAGGCGCGUGCUGAGCGGCUACCACGCGCUGCGCGCCGCCGCGCCGCGCUACGAGCACGAGCCGCGCCGCGCCUGCCGCCACUUCGCCGCGCCGCACCUCGCGCACAACCUCGACCUCAUGCUCGACGCCUGCGAGCAGGAUAUCAUUCAAAACGCCAGAGAACUCCAAUCUGCAGAAGAUGAGAUAGUCGUGCUAGAAAGAGAUUUAGAAGAGUGCAAUGUUAAAUUGAAGGAGCACGAUCAGGUUAUAGAUAAGGUACAGGCGAUACUGCGGAAGGUUGAGGAGCUGAACAGUCCGGAGGUUUCAUUAGAAAAAGCUUAUGAAGUUCUAUCCGAUUUGAAGGAGACCUACCCCAUGGAAUAUGAAGUUUUUGGACUUGGGUCUAUUGGAGGCAACAUAGUGAGUCCACUAGUCAGUGCUUUGUUAGCUACAUGGGACCCGUUGCAGGCACCUGAGGAACCGAUCGCCACAUUCCUCAAAUGGAAGGAAUUGCUCACAGAAGAAGCAUAUAACAGCUUGCUAUGUCAACAUUAUUUGACGCAUCUUACAACAGCAGUCGAAUCUUGGAACCCUCGCGUUCCUGGUCCUCUGGUGGCGGCCCUGGAGAGCUGGGCGGAAGCUGGCGCUAGUCCUGCAUGGCUGGGCGCGGGCUGGGCGGCGAGGUGCGUGGUGCCGCGCUUGUUGACUGCUGUGCAAGCCUGGGACCCCACCGGUGACACACAGCCCGUUCACCACUGGGUCGGGCCCUGGCACCAGCUCGCAGGGUCGGCGCUGGCGCGCGGCGUGUACCCCGAGAUCCGCGCGCGGCUGGCGGCGGCGCUGGCGGGCUGGCACCCGGCCGACGGCUCGGCGCGCGGGCUGCUGGCCGCCUGGCGCCGCGCCUGGGGGCCCGCGCUCACAGCCAUGCUGCACCAGCACAUCGUGCCCAAGCUCGAGCACUGCCUGCAGCACGCGCCGCUCGAGCUCGUCGGCCGCGAGAACACGGCGUGGCUGUGGUGCGUGGAGUGGCUGGAACUGCUGGGUGCACCCACCGUGGCGGCGCUGGCCGGCCGCGCGCUGCUGCCGCGCUGGCUGGCCGCGCUCGCCGCCUGGCUCAACACCAACCCGCCGCACGCCACCGUGCUCACCUCCUACACCGACUUCAAGAAAUUGUUUCCUGAAGAAGUGCUUAAGGAACCUGUGGUCCGCGACGCGUUUCGGAAAGCCCUCGACAUGCUGAACCGAAGCACCGACAUCGACGCAGUAGAGCCUCCCCCUCCGCCGCGCUUUACCUUCACCGACACCAAGGAAACAUCCAGAAUAUCCGAAGUUCUGGCUUCGACGAACCAACAGAAGAGUUUCUCGGAGCUUCUAGAAUCUAGAUGUAUAGAGAAGGGCAUCACCUUUGUUCCGAUAGCGGGCAAGACGAGGGAAGGACGCCCGUUGUAUAAAAUAGGCGAGAUGCAAUGCUAUGUUAUUCGGAAUGUGAUCAUGUAUUCAGAUGACAACGGACGGACAUUCAGUCCGAUUAGUAUGGACAAGUUGUUGAACAUGGUUGAGGAUUGAAAUAAAUAAUUAUUGAAGUG